UGGUUGGCUAUCAUUGGUAUAAAUCCAUCCAUGUCACAUGUGACAAGUGGAACCAUAUAGAAACAACAACCACUUCAAUUCAUUGUUACAAAUAAGAAUUGAAGAUCAAAAUGGAGAAAGGAUGCAUUUGUGUGACCGGAGGAACAGGGUUUUUAGCAUCAUGGAUCAUCAAGAGACUGCUUCAGGAUGGGUAUUCUGUUAAUACCACCAUCAGAUCUCAUGCAGCAGGGUCAAAGAAAGAUGUGAGCUACCUUACAAACCUACCCUGUGCAUCAGAGAAGCUUAAAAUUUUCGAUGCGGAUUUAAGCAAACCGGAGACCUUCGAGGCACCAAUCAAAGGCUGCAUUGGUGUCUUUCAUGUUGCCCACCCGAUGGAUGGGAGCAACGAUGCUAUAGAAGUUGUAACCGAAAAAUCAAUGAAGGCCAGUUUAGGUAUUUUACAAGCAUGCGUUGAUUCAAAGACAGUAAAGAAGGUUGUGUACACAUCUAGCGUGUCAGCGGUAAUGUUUAACGGAAAAAAACACAAUGACGUUGUAGACGAGGAAUUUUGGAGUGAUGUUGAUUAUAUUCGCACUCAUGUUAAAUUCGGAGAAUGGUAUCAUAUUUCAAAGACACUAACCGAGAAAGCAAUCCUCGAGUUUGGUGAGAAAGAAGGACUAGAUGUCGCGACGGUCCAUCCUUCGUUUAUUCAUGGUCCAUUUCUUGGCCCUCGCUGCCCACAAUCUGUGCGCGACGUGAUGGCUAUGAUCUUUGGGGACACUCGUCUUUAUGCAAUGCUACGAAGAGCGCCUUAUGUUCAUGUUGAUGAUGUAGCAAGCGCACAUAUUCAUCUUUUUGAGCACCCUAAUGCGAAGGGGAGAUAUAUUUGUUCGAAAACUGAAGUUCCUAUCGAGGAAGUGUACAAACUAUUAUCAACCAAAUAUCCAGAGUAUAAAAUACCAAGUAUUGACUUUGUGAAGUCGGAUGAUGAUUAUGAUAAACUGAUGUUCCCUAGCGUCUCAUCGAAAAAGCUCUUGGGUACUGGAUUUGAGUUCAAAUAUGGGAUUGAAGAGAUGUUUGAUGAUGCAAUUGAAUGCUGUAAGCGAAACAACAUACUAUAACUUGAUAGGAGAUCCAAGACUUCUAAAUAAAGCUUGCGGGUUUGAUGUGCUAAACCAAGCAAAUAGAACUUAUUGGGUAAUUGUAGUGUUAGAACUUUGAUGAUAAAAACCAAUCCAAUGUCUUCCCUUCUUAACUAUUUUUAAUGGCAUAUUUUCAUUAUUGG